UUCCGCGCUCACGUAAUUUGCAUUUUAGUUUAGUUUAGGAAGACGGGCGGGCAGAAAUAGGCUCUGCCCCUGCAGGCAUCAUGUCUAGGGUGCUUCUGACAGUUGCCUACUUUGUGCUGACCAGCUCGUCAAUAGUGUUCACGGCCUGCGUUAACAAUGUCACAGGCACCAGCUCGCCCGGAUCGGGCUCCAGUGCGAGCAGUAGCAUUGGCACAUCUCUUACUGGUGGCAUCCACCGCACUGCUGCAGCUAUCGAGCGAGUCAACAAGCUGUGGUGUUACUCUUGCGAUACCAUGGAUGAUGGACAGGCUUGUGUUGAUGUGGCUGUGCGUAACGACACAGCGCUGAUGAAGAAGUGCCAGGGUGAGGAGUUCAUUUGCAUGGUGAAGCGAUUUUCCUAUACUACUAGCACGGAGAACUCAACUAGUUCUCCAAAAAUGUGGUCGCUGGAUCGUCGAUGCACUGCGAACUGUGAGCCCGGCUGCAUAAUAAUUGGAGAGCGCACCAAGCUCUACGCCUGCACCUCCUGCUGCGAGGAAUCUUUCUGCAAUACGGGGCGUGGUGCCGCCUCGGGUAUCUUUUAUCGCGUAGAGACGGGCAUCGGAACGCGUGUCUUUUGGCUGGCUGCACCAUUCCUGGUCAACAUAUCGCUUGUUUUAUACAAGAGACAUGCUUCCCACUUCCUCAUUAGAAUAGCCAGACAGUAAUGAUGCUGUCGUCCAAUAGUUGCCAAAUGAAUUUAAUCUAGAUUCAAGUUGCUCAAGUCUACACCCAACAAAUGCUGAAAACUAAAUACAGCAUCUCCUCUUUUACCUAGGUAGCCAGUAAUUUUAAGUGUGAUAAUAAAUGUGAAUGAAGUGAAGCCAUGAUGCAAAGGCAUCAGUUUAUUCUUCGAAGAGAAAAACUAAUAAAGAUAACUAACUAUA